AUGGAGGAAGAGGGUCAACCCACACAAAUUCAGUGGGCUCUGUUUGAUUCAUCCACGAUUACCAGUUUGCAAAUUACUUUACUCGACGAUGAUGUUCUCGAAUGGCUCAAUGACAAGAAAACUGUCCGGGAGCUUAUUCUUAUUGAGCAGUAUCAGCAAAACAGACCUGCAACCAGAAAUCUACCCAAGCUUCGCCUUCCUCACCUGAGUGUAUUACACAUUCGAGACGAUGUACACUCGCGGACUCCUUUGUAUCCGCGAGCUGACCAAGAUCUGAUUCCUACACAAAACCCAGGGUCUAAUCGUUCUGAAAUUACGACGAACACGUUGAUACCUAAUCCCAGUGCCGAGUAUUCCAACGCCAAAAUUCUUUGGCCAGAAAUGGAUUUGGAUGCGGUUCCCGACCCCGCUAUUGCAUAG